AUGCCGCAGCUGCGCGCCUCCGCAGCCCCCAGCAGCUCUCGCAUACAGCAGAACCAGCGGUGGCAGCGGCGGCAGCAAGGGCGGCGCGCGUGGCCCAUGCGCUGCCGUGCGGCGGGCGGCGAUGGCCAGCAGCAAGAGCCCCAGCCGCUCCUGCUUUCAUCAAGCGACGAGCCAGGCAGCACCAGCAGCGGCUACUCUGGCGACAGCGAGGACGGCAGCUUGGCAGGCAGCGCCGACGGCGACGGCGUCAGCAUCGACCUGCACCUGCCCCGACGCUCGCUGCUGGUGAAGUUCACCUGCAACCUGUGCAGCGGGCGCAGCGAGCGGCUGGUGAACCCGGUGGCGUGGAACAAGGGCAUGGUGAUUGCGCAGUGCCAGCACUGCCAGGCGUGGCACAAGCUGGCGGAUGCUGCCAACCUUGUGGAGGAGAUUCGUUAUGCCGACCUGGAGGAUGAGUGA